CCGCAGCCCGAGCCGCCGCGCGAGCCGCAGGAGAAGCCGGACGCCAACAUGUGUCUCAAGUACACGUUCGGCGUGAACGCAUGGAAACAAUGGGUGAUGACGAAGAACGCUGAAAUAGAGAAGAGCUCCAUACGCCGCAAGCCGUUCAAGUCGGAGAUACUGCAGCUGACGGCGGACGAGCUCAACUACUCGCUGUGUCUGUUCGUGAAGGAAGUGCGGAAACCGAACGGCAGCGAGUACGCGCCAGACACUAUUUACUAUUUGGUUCUAGGUAUUCAACAAUAUUUGUUUGAAAAUGGUAGGAUAGAUAAUAUAUUUACGGAUCCGUAUUAUGAGAAAUUUACGGAUUGUUUGGACGAAGUCGCAAGAAAGUUCUCAGUUUUAUAUAAUGACUCACAGUACAUAGUAACGCGCGUGGAAGAGGAACACUUGUGGGAGAGCAAACAGUUGGGCGCUCACUCGCCGCACGUACUUCUAUCAACACUAAUGUUCUUCAAUACGAAGCAUUUUAAUUUAGUGACGGUAGAAGAACAUAUGCAGUUGUCAUUCUCGCACAUAAUGAAGCAUUGGAAACGCAAUCCUAAUCAGCCGGGGCAGGCCAAGAUCCCCGGCUCGAGGAAUGUUCUGCUGAGGUUCUACCCCCCACAAUCUGCACUUGAAGCGAACUCCAGGAAAAAGAAAGUUUAUGAGCAGCAAGAAAACGAAGAAAAUCCUUUACGGUGUCCUGUCAAAUUGUACGAAUUUUAUAUUUCAAAAUGCCCAGAAUCGGUUCGCACGCGCAACGACGUGUUCUACCUACAACCGGAGAGAUCCUGCGUGCCCGACUCGCCCGUGUGGUACUCCACGCAGCCGCUGUCUCGAGCUCAGUUAGCCAAGAUGCUGCACAGGGUCAAGAUGGUCAAGGAGAUCAACAUCGCGCUGCUCACUAGCUAAGGUUUCCCCUGGCAGCCUGCUGACUCUAGAAAGUUCACGUCAUCAAUCUGUCAUGAGCCCUCCUGGAAUGGACAUUUAUUUACUGGUUACAAAGUGCCGCCAUGCUACGCCCAGUAAAACGCAAAGCAUUCACAAUAUUGUUGUAUUAAACACUAUAACAAUGUAUAUUUUUUCUACUUUGUAUAUCAGCCUACGUGAAUACGAUCGGUUAAUUUAGUACAUAGCGUAUAAUAGAUGUCUUUUUUUUAUAACGUUGCAAUGUUUUAGACGUAAGAAUUCUGUGCGGGACUGUUUUUAUAUGUACAGAUAAUAAUGGUUCUAGUUUUAUAAUAUAAAUUGCUAUCAUUACAAUCAUUAAGAAAAUGUGGCCGAACGAUUUUUUACGCAAUGAAUUUAUCAAGAUUUAUGAUCAAAGAAUGAUUUGGAUAUUUCAAAUUGUAUAUAAGCCAAGCCACUCAUUUGCAUCAUGUUCGCUGUCAUAGAAAAUUCGUGACUUAAUCUUCAGAAUUUUAUUAGGAAAGAGAUAAAUAAUGAUUACACUUGUGUAAUACAUGAAUAUUAUUAAUAUAAUAAUUAUAGAAUAGGAUGUAAGUGACAAAUUCCAACAUUUUUUUAAGUGGAAGACGCACUCUUUUAUUUAUAGUAGCAUUCGUUUUAUAAAUCGGGAUACAGUUAAAUUUCUCACAAAUAGAAUUUUUAUUAAAGAAAAUAAUAUAGCAUAGUAAAAGAGUCAGAUUCGUAUUAUAUUUUAAGUAUAAUGGCGUCAGCUGUAAGAUGUAGGUUAUUAUGAUGUGUA